UGCACCCCAGACUUCAGAAAAAAGCUUGAAGACAAGUGGGAAAGGAAAAUGGAUGCAGAAGAAACAACAGAAUAAAACAGAACAACAUUUGACUCAGGCAGAGCUCAGGAUCGUGAUGGUGGGUAAAACUGGAGUUGGCAAAAGCACAACAGGAAACACCAUCCUGGGUAGAAAAAUGUUUAAAGCACAAUUAUCUUCAGAAUCUGUGACUGGGAAAUGCCAACAAAAUCAGCAGACAUUAGAUGGUAGAAACAUCUCAGUGAUCGACACUCCAGGACUGUUUGAUACAUCAAUCAGUGAAGAACAACUGAAGAAAGAGAUUGAGAAGUGUGUGGAGAUGUCUGUUCCUGGUCCUCAUGCGUUUCUUCUGGUCCUCAGACUGGACGUGAGAUUCACAGAUGAGGAGAAAAACACCGUGAAAUGGAUUCAGGAAAACUUUGGAGAAGAAGCUGCACGUUACACCAUCAUUCUGUUCACUAGAGGAGAUCAAUUAGAUAAACCUAUAAAGCAGUUUCUGGCAGAAAAUAAGCAGAUUAAUGAGCUAGUUAGUCAGUGUAAAGGCAGGUAUCAUGUGUUCGAUAAUACAGAUGGAAACAAUCGAUCACAGGUCACUGAACUGCUGGAGAAGAUAGACAGAAUGGUGAUGGAGAAUGGAGGAGAGCAUUACACAAAUGAGAUGUACAGAGAAACUCAGAGAAAAAUUGAGGAAGAAGAGAAGAGGCAGAGAGAGGAAGAAGAGAAACUGAGAUUGGAAGAGGAGAAAAAGAUAAGGGAGGAUGAAAGAAGGAAGAUUAUACACAAGGUAAAACAUGUGGCCUUAGUGGGAGCAGGUGUGGCAGGAGCAGUAGCUGGAGGGGCAGCAAUGGUUUUUACAGGGGGAGUGGUAUUGCCUGCUGCUUUAAUGGCAGGAGGAGCAGCUGUUGCAGGAGGAACGGGUGUGAAAGUUAUGGUAGAUAAAUUUAAAGAAAAGGAGCAAAAGGGAACGGGUGUGAACGUUAUUGUAGAUCAAUUUAAAGAAAAGGAGCAAAAGGGAAAAGCAGCAAACCUGACAUAAUCCGU